CUGAUUUUUUAUUGUAGUGUGUUGCAUUCGUAAACUGUUAUUCAAGCAGUUGUAUGUUCACCAUUAGAAUUCUACUACUUAUAGCUGAAGGAAAUUUUUUAAAUGAUUCAUUAACUGUGUAUUCAUCAGCAAACUGACCAGUGUACAUGUACUGAUCAUCUCAGACUCAUAAUAAGGUACUUGAAGUUAACUGAAUAGAGAGCAUGUUACCUAGGAAACAGAAGAAACCAACAUAAACCCUGACUUUCUUGAGGGUCUGGUAGUUGGGAUGGGAAUGCCUGAAGCAAGGGUUACAGUCAAGGAGGCAAAAGUAACUAAACCCAAGUCCCCUAGUCCCUCCCCUCAUCUAAAUGAAAAGCAUCUGUUAUACAAAUUUGAUAAGGAAAAAUUAACAAAGGAUAAAACUCGGAUGCAGAAUUUUCCACCAGAAGUUUCUACAAGGAGUGAUACAGACACAUCUGUAGAGCUCCCUCUAGCAGUAAAAGCAGUGCCUAAAAGAGUUAUGAUUAGAAAAGAUUCCCAAGGAGAUGCUUCAUCAAGUGACCGAUCUUCGGUCUCACCAUGCACUGAUGCUAAAACUUCUCAGUCUACAGGUGUAACUCAAAAGCCUGCUAAAAUGGAAUCCACAAAUUCAACUAGUAUUCAGGAUUCUGUAUCUACUCGUAGUGGUUUCUCAAAGAACUUAGGUGCAAAAUCCACACAAUUUAAGGAGAAGUUAAAAAGAGAAGAAAGUACAGAUGGUGAACGAGGUUGUCACAGUGAUCAGGAGAUGUACCUCAUGCAUAGAGAGCAACUGGAAUCCCAGUAUGGACAACAUGAUGGGUAUUUUAGUGACUGGGAAGCUGUAACUCAAAAAGAAAUGUCUCAUAGUAACCCCCAUGCACCUUAUUCUGCAUCUAUGUCUAGAUCCUUUCACGAAGAGGAACAAGUUGCAAUGAGAAUACUAUCAACUACUGCAGAUGGUCAAGUACCAGCUGUUCACAAUAGUUCUUCUCCCUAUAAUCAUCCCCAAGGUCCACCAUCUAGGUGGGAGAAAAGCCCUCAGAGAUUAUCUCCUGUGGCAAUGGACUUUAUUGAUAACAGCUCUGAUAGACAAGAACAACCACAAAAUGUUGAAAAAGAUCAGCAAUCAAGACCCUCUCCUCUUCCUAACCUUCAACUUCCUGGGACUGAGAACUCUAUGGAUAUUAUCCUUGUACCUGAAAUGCAGAGUCAACUUGAAUCCAGUUUAUCUCAUGGAUCAACAGAACCUGUUAGAGUCCCACUACAGUCCCAAUAUCAGCAUAUGCAGUACAGUUUAAGUCAGUCUCCAUCUUCUAGUACCAUCCCCAAAAGGCCCAUUGGAGUUUCUCCACCCAUCAACAAAAGAUUUCCUCUCCAUCAUUUGGCACCUCUUCAGGAACUGCCACAAAUCAUGCUUCCUCCUCAAGCCCCUAUUCCCAGGCUUCAUGCUCAACCACUGCCUUCUACAAGACCUAGAUCACCAAGACUCUCCUCUUCUCAGCAGCUGGGAUUUCAAUUUGUUAGGGGUCCUCCACCUCCCCCUUACCCAGGCUUUUCUGCAGAAGUUCCUCCAAAGUUUCACAACACUGCACUAAGUGUUCAGGAUUCACAAGUGUAUCUUCCACAAUCAAAAGUACCACCUCCAGCUAUGCGCUAUCCUCCAACUACUGUAUACCAUCAUUCUCCAAGAGCACUGCCUUCACAAUGGAAUGUUCCUCAUUAUCCUACCUACUACAAUGAAUCUAAAGAUAAGCAACCACUUUCUCUUGCUGCUGUCCACACUCGAAGUUCAAGACCUUCUAACCCCACUGGCUUAGGUCCAAGUUAUCUUCCUAACCUUCAGCCUUACUCACCAGCUACUACUCAUAUGCACACUAUUAGACCUGUUCAGGAAGUGUCAUCUCAUUUCACUACACCAACCACAGGGCCUCACACUACUCUUCCACAAGAUGUUAAUGAGACUGGUCAACCAAUACAAGUCAGAAGGUACUAUGCCCCUCCCUCCACCAGCUACAGAGUUUCUCAGGAAACAUUGCCAGAAGGCAGACUACCUGUUGGUACAGGUCCUCAGGCAGGAGGUUCAGAAACUGACCAGCAUAGGUCACAAGUUCAGUCAAGUCAGCAGUUUCAGAGGUACAGCCCAGUUGGAACUCCAGGAUUAGCAAAUCAACUGUCUGUAGCUCGAGAAGAAUUUUUCUCUUCUGGUAAUAGUAAUGGCAGCUGGAAACUUGCAGUACCUCAUACUGGAAGUCACCAAAACAGGCAAGCUAGUUGUAGCUCAGUGUCUGAUAAAACCAGUCCACGACAGAGUAAUGACAUGGAAUACUGCCAGUCAGGCUCUUCUGUGAAUUCUUUUUGUCCAUCUAGUGGCAGUGACAGACCAGCUAGUGUCCGUUCAUCCCUUUCCCACCCCUCCUCAAGGCCAUCAUCCUUUUCAAGUAUGAACUCCACAUCUCCAGAGUGUUCUAUGGGACAACUGCCUGGUCCACCUCAUGGAGACCCACGAUACUGUUAUGCUAAUGGAUCUGAAGGAUGUGGGAAUGUUUCUUCUUCUGUUCAAGGCCCUUCUGCUAGAAAUUUAGUGCCAUCAUCGAGAGAAAUAUCUCAUUACCAAGAUAAAGCACCAUCUUCUUGUCCUCCUCCAUUACCUCCAAAACCUUCCUUCCAAAUAUCUGGCUUAGCCAAUGGAAAAAUUCUGGACAGUCAGUCACAUCUCCCAAAUUACAGGUUAUUACAUGGUGGUACUAGAGAAUAUAGCCAGCCUCAAGAGCAGCAGCAUUCAGAGCACAUGGAGAACAAUAAACAUGUAGCAGAGAGAUUGCAUGAUAUUAAUUUUUCUCCCAUUUCAGUUGUCCCUUUCUCCAAAAGUGAAAACCAAGAGGGAGAACCUCUAUCAUGUCAGAUUAAAAAAGUGACCAGAAUUGUAUCAGAAGGUGAAGAUGCUUCCUUGUGUUCUAAUAAUGGUGCCAGAACUAUAAAUUCCCUUACAGCCUUAGAAACUCAGCUUUCUCCUAAUGGUAGUGCUAAUAUCCCUUCUUCAGACAAUUUAGUCAGUAGUUCUGCAAGUAAACAAGAUAAAAGUCAACUUUCUCCAAAAUCCCAGAAGAAGCCUAUUACCUGGAUCUUUGGUACUCACAAGAAUCCACAAGUGUUUCCUGUGGUGAUAACAAAAAAUCCUGGGUUAGGCUUUAGUAUUGCAGGAGGAAUUGGAAGUCCCAGAAACCCUAAUAAACCUCAUGACACAGGCAUCUAUGUAGUGCAUGUUCUAAGCAAUGGACCAGCUAGUCCAGCCCUGAAACCAGGAGAUAAAAUUCUUCAGGUGGAUGGUAUUGACCUUACCAACCUGAGUGGUGAACAAGCUAAUGCAGUUUUACAGAGUACUGGUACAAGUGUGUCAAUGAUGAUUUCUAGAGAAUAAGGAGACAGGUGAGGAUCAGGAAGGAGAAAAAUUUCAUUCAGUUCAUCAAUCAUUAAACAAGUCUAGGAUUACAGACGCAAAUAUAGAAAAACAAAUAUUCUCUCUAGAAUCCUGAGGUGAUUAAGAAAGCAGAAGACAGCAAAGGUUGUUGGGUAUGAAUUUAUGUUUCAGAAACUUGUAGUUUUGUUAAAAAGGUUAAAAGAUAUUUUGUACUUCUUGAGUAACAAUAAUUUUGUUCGGCCAAAAAAGGUGGAAGAAAUGUUUAGAAAUCUGCAACAGUUAGUCCUUUUGUUUUCAACACAUACACACACACAUACAUAUAUAUGUAUUAGGAGAGAAAUGAUUUGAAAAUCUUUUUAUGUUGUUAAACGUUUUUGAUAAUAUUAUAAGCUUUUGUUGCUGAUGAAAUGCAGCAUAUGUUACUGACUAAGUGGAUUGUUUUCAGUACUGUAAGUAUUAGUAAAAGAAUCAACUUUAGAUAUAUAUAUAAAUCAAAAACAUUACAA